CUGACAACAGUGGAGUGAGUGAGAAACUGAGAAUAGACUUCCUAAAUCAGUGAAUCACCCUUCUCUCCGAAAACAUUUUCAAAAUCGUAUUUUACAUUUCUUCCAGAAUCUAGACAGUCGAGUAUUCUCACUCUUCCCGCUGAAAAUCCCCUCUUGCUGCAUCCUGCAGACUUUUCCCAAAUUUGCUAGCAAAGAUGAUGAAACUCGCCACCAUUUUCAAGUCCAGGGGGAAUGUUUCUGGGCAAUUCCUCAACUGGAGUAAUCCUACGCAAGAUGUUUUUAGCUUGCACGCUUUGAUGAGCCGUGCCAGCAUGUCUACAGUUGGACAGAAGGGAAAUAACGCUGAUCGCAUUUAUGCAGCAUACUCUGUGUACAAGGGAAAAGCAGCACUUUCUGCUCAUCCUGUUCCAGCAACAUUUAGUAAAGUUGAUUCUGGAGGUGUCAAAGUUAAGCGUCAGGGCUAUAUUAUGUUGUCUUUUUCUCCUUGUGUAGGAGAGCGCAAGUACGACUGGCAGAGGAAGCAGGUGUUUGCUUUGUCAGUCACUGAGGUCGGUUCAUUGCUUACCUUGGGUCCUAAUAGCUCUGUUGAUUUUUUCCAUGAUCCUGCUAUCCAGACAAGCAAUGCUGGUCAAGUGCGAAAGGGAUUAUCAAUAAAAGCAAAUUCAGAGGGUACUGGUUAUUUCUUUUCUAUAAAUGUUGCCAAUAACAUCACGAAGGUCAAUGAGCGCUUUACUGUUCCCGUGACAAGUGCUGAAUUUGCUGUCAUGCGCACGUCAUUCAGUUCUGUGUUGCCCCACAUAAUGGGUUGGGAUCGGUACUCCUAUCAGCCGCCUGUUCUUAAGGAGGAAAAUUCAGUGAAAGUUGGUAUGCGGAGCUUGGAUUCAGAAUGGGACAGAUGAAUUAAGAGUCAGUAAAAACUGUUGAAGAUUGAAUCUUUCGUAUACAAUACCGGUCAACUUUUCUUUUUGUAAGGAAGGCCUUUUGCAAACACCUGGAAGAUGAAAAGAGUUUGUUAGGAGUAUCUUAGAAUUGCCAGUUUGUAUGUAAUCUUGUACUUAAUUUUCCUGCCUGAAAUUUACUACUUUCUUGUGCUUCUUCACUGACUUUUGUCGCCGUAAAACCUAAAUUUGUACUUAUUUGUGGUUUUAGUCGUUGAAAGAUCAGUGUUAUAUGAACGACUAUCGUUUGUAAGUGAUGAAUUUGGCUCGUUUGCAGCAGGUUAUUGACACAAAUUUUACCCUCUA